AUGGAAGAAUAUAUUGAAGAGGCCCUUAACUCAGGAUUCAUCCAACCCUCCACGUCUCCAGUUGCAGCAGGUUUUUUCUUCGUUGAAAAGAAAGAUGGAGGAUUAAGGCCUUGUAUUGAUUAUAGAGGACUUAACAAUGUUACCGUGAAAUUCCACUGCCCCCUUCCACUGGUUCCUUCAGCACUAGAACAGCUCCGGGAGGCUACCAUUUACACCAAACUUGACCUACGGAGUGCAUAUAACCUGAUCAGAAUUAAAGAGGGCGAUGAAUGGAAAACUGCCUUCCUCACCACUAGGGGGCACUAUGAAUAUCAGGUUAUGCCGUAUGGGCUUGCCAAUGCUCCAGCCGUUUUCCAGUCAUUCAUUAACGAGAUUUUCCGGGACCUUCUGAACCAGUACGUAAUAGCCUACAUUGACGACAUCUUGAUUUACUCUGAAGUCUGA